GUCUUUCCCAUAUAUUGCGGUUCCCCCUUGAUUCCUAUUUUUUCUAUCUGAUCUAUAAGUUUGGAACCCUUUUAUUUAAUCAUCAUUCCCAGAGUCAUGAGGUGCAAAAAAAGAACCAAGUGAUAAAAAACAGAGUUGAAAUUCUGUAAAAAGAAAAAAAAAAAAAAAAAAAAAAAAAACUACGCAAAGUAAAAAAAAGUAAAAAAAAAAGUUAAAAAUCAAAAAAAGAAAAAAGAAAGCAGCAGAAAUUAAAGCCGCUUUUCAUAAAGUGCAAUCAUUUAUAGAAGACACCCCCCGAAAAGGCUCACACAGGAACAUUGUGAAAAGUAGGCAGAAGCAAUCUUCCUUGGAUAGUUACGUAAUAUGUAGUACGUACGUAUAUUUUUCAAGUGUACGUACGUACUUAUGUACAAAAAAAAAAAAGGCAGAAAUUAAAGCCGCUUUUCAUAAAGUGCAAUCAUUUGUAGAAGACACCCCCCAAAAAGGCUCACACAGGAACAUUGUGAAAAGUAGGCAGAAGCAAUCUUCCUUGGAUAGUUACGUAAUAUGUAGUACGUACGUAUAUUUUUCAAGUGUACGUACGUACUUAUGUACAAAAAAAAAAAGGCAGAAAUUAAAGCCGCUUUUCAUAAAGUGCAAUCAUUUGUAGAAGACACCCCCCGAAAAGGCUCACACAGGAACAUUGUGAAAAGUAGGCAGAAGCAAUCUUCCUUGGAUAGUUACGUAUGUACGUAGCCUCACUCGAAAGAUGCCUUUCUCUCAGCUUCCAAGGAAAUGACAAAUGAAAAUAUGUGUGAGCCUUGAGGGAGAAGCAAUAGCCACUGAGGCAACAGUACAAGGAGCUACAGUGAUGGUUACCCUAACAGGAGAUGUCCACUUUUGGACUUUGCGUGAUGAUGUUAUUGUUAAAGAUGCAGAUUUUGGUGCCUUCAGAUAUCAAGAUAAGAAUAAUGUCAGUAAAGAACGAGUCUAUUAUGAAGAUAAAAGGCUUUACCUGGAAGCUCGGGGCAUUCUUGUUACACCAAAAAAUAGUAGACCAGGCAAACUAAGGGAUUCAGUCCGAGAGUUUGAGGAGCUUUUGUCAAAAGAAAGAGUGGUGUGGGAAGGAUGGCAAACACAUGCUGUAUACCAGCUUAUUUUCGCCUCAGGAAUCAUAACAACUUUCACCAUCAAUCCUAUGACUGGAGAUCUAACAAAAAUAGUGUUUGACAAAUUUCUUGUUGGAAAACUUCUAUCAGAGCAUCUUGCAGAUGUUGUAAUAACAAAACAUCACAUACUCUUUUCCUAUAAUGAGUGCCGCAUUUCAAUGGUUCAUCUAACCCGAAUACCAUCAGAAGGCCAAGCAUUGGAACGGCUUUCACACACUGAUCCAAGACUGCAAACUUGUGAGGUAGCAGGACCAUCAGGCCGAAGAUUUGAGAGAAAAUUGUCAGCAAAUAUAAAUGGUGAUAUGGUGGUUGUAUGGUGGAAAACAAGUGAAGACGAGGUAUAUCCAUGGAGUCCAUUAGCAAGAGAUCGAGAUAGAGCAAAUGUUCUUGUUUAUGGCCUUAAUGGAACGUCAAUGCACCUUUUGUGCUAUUGUAGAACAGAAAUGGCCCCUCUCAGUGUCUCCUUCAGUAAGGUUCAGCCCAAUGUGUUACUGACAGUUGAACAAGGAUUUGGAAAGAAAGGCGGUGUGACUGUGUUGAGUUGUGUAUACGAGGUUGACAGAAAUGCAUUGCAUAGAAUAUCAGUGACGACCAUCCCAUUAGAAGCUCCAUUAAUGACGCAUUCCCAUAACCCAGCUGAGGAUAGAUUACUACUUGCUUGUAAUAAUGGAGUGUUAGCACUUCAUUGUGAUUCACGAGGUAUGACACACGUUACCAAGGCUGGGCUCAUCCCAUCUAAUAUUGCAUGGCUAGAUUCAGGCAACAUCGUAGUUAUAAGCAAUGAAAGGGGACAGAUACAGUGUUUUGAUUUGGCCCUGUCCCUCUUAAGGAUGCAACUAAUAAUGGAAGAACCUAACCCUCAAAGGAUCUUGGAUUUCUCGGAGCAUUUUUGCCACCAACAGUCCCUUUCUAAGAUGUCAUGGGCACCAUUCACAAAGGAGGAGGGACUUCAGUCAACUCUUAUACCUCACUUGUUGCUCCUGCAUUAUACACGUGGUCCUAUUGCUUGUAUCCGUAUCGAUGUAAGUGCAGUAAGUAACAAUGGUCUUACAGCUAUAGCACUUGUCUGUCAGUAUAUCAAGCACCGCCAGUUAGAUGAAGCAGUAAAUCUUCUUGUGUCCUUAAACUGGGACCAAGAGGGACCUAUGGCUAUGCGUUGUUUAACUGCAGUAGCAAAUCAUCUGUUAAGAGUGCCAGUAACACCACAAAGGGAAACACAAAUGGAAGGGGCUUUAGGAAGUUUUCAUGUUCCUGUCCAGCCACUGAGUCAAGCAGUUGAAGAGGAGUUUGGCCCCGCUGUCAGAGCUUUAACUCGUCGAUUCUUUUUUCAUGUUUUAAGAGCUGGGCGACUUGAGAAGGCGUUCCGCUUGGCGCUUGAUCUGAAAGAUCAUGAUACCUUUAUGGCUGUUCACUCUGUAGCUAAAAGGCGAAAUGACCACCAGAUAGCGGCUUCAUCGCUAGAGAAUGCCCGUGCUCUUGAAUCUUCCUGUGGAUCCAGUGAUUCUUGUAGCUCAGUAUUGUAUGGUGAUUCAGGUCCAAGUUCUGCCUCGGAAUCUUGCAGUGAAUCAUGUUCAACUUGCUUUUCAGAUAGCGGGUCAGUUAGUGGAUCAGAAUCAAGUGGUCAGGCAUUAAGAGAAGAAAGUGCCAUUGAUGGAAGGCGAGAAGUAGUGGAGCCAAAGAAUUCUCAACUUCCUGCCCCUAGUGCUCAUAUUGUAUCAGGGAUGCAGUCUCUUUCUGUUGACGAGAGUUCGCCACACACUGGUAGCACAAGAGUGGUUACAAAUCAUGGCACUGCCAUUACUUCUCAAGACGGCACAGUUACCAUUAAUAUUCGCCAGUCAGAUCACACUUCAAAGAGACCUGGUGUACCUGCAAAUAGUUUUGGUACAAGGCCACCUGCACAGUCUACACAGCAGAUUUCAGGAAGCAAUGCUAGUCGAACUGGACGGAGUGUGAAAGAGGUGUUUUAUUCUUCUGAUCCGAAUGAAGAAUUCGUUGAUUCUGAAAGAGUCUCUGUCUUUGUUGACAAAGAUGAUUUGCAAACUCAGUAUGAUCGAGCAGUUUAUCAUGGUUUUGGGGGAUACUUCUUGGAGCAAAGAGGUGUCUACCGAGGAGGAAGAUGGGGGAACAGUGAAGGUGGUCCAUUUCGGAGUAGUGUAAGGCGUUAUUAAAAGGUGUUCUCCGUGAUUUUGUGGUAGAAUAUUCUUGAUAUGUACAAAGUAUUUGUUAAGUUGGCAGCUAAUUAAUAUUGGUUGGUUUAACAUAUGGUACAAUCUGUGGUAGUGUUACAUAUUUUUUUCAUAUUUGGUGCUAGAUAUUGCCUUACAUUAAUUCUCAGGUUAUGGAGAAUACUGUAGUUGUUAAUAGAAAUGUUAAAUUUGCUUUUAGAAUUAGUACUUUGGAUUAUGUACGUAUUUAUAUUCCUUGACUUAAAAUCCGUCCACUAGCUAAUAAAUUAUAUUUUUAUUUUCAUGAUUGAAUGGCUUAGAUGAUGAAACGUUCUGUAUAUUUAAACUAUAGGUUGGUUUCUAAACUCAGAAGGAUUUGUGAAUGGUUACUUAUUUUAGAAAGCUUUAGCCAAAUCAUCUGUUUACAUGAGCAAUUAGCCAUUCUGUAUAACCAAAAAAUAGGAGAAUUGCAUUUUUUUUUAUCAGUGCCUAGAUAAAAAAAAAUUUCGGUAACAAACUAAUUAACUUCUGUAAUAAUAAUCUGAGCACAUUACUGAAUAAGCAAACUGGCCAUGCUUUGUGAACCUUAAUACAUAAUUGGCUAAUUAGACUUAAAAACUAGACUGCAUAUCAGAAAUAUGACUAAAAUUUGUAUUAUUUGUUUUAAAUCACAACCCCAUUAAUCAUAUGCUUGCACAACAUUGUUGGUGUGAACUAUUUCAUUUUGUUCCAAGAAGAGUCCUCUCAAUAUGCCAGCAUCAUCUGGAUCCUCAUGCCCAGCAAUCCUCGUAUAUCAUUAGUGCCUAAUACUGUAUACAGUACAGACUUUAGGUUACUGCUUUUCAGAUUGCAGACUCUACCAUGCCAUGGGUCCUUUUAUUUUAUCCCGCAUAUUAAUACUAAUCAUUCACGUUUAUUAUUAGUAAGGAAGGCAAAAUUUAGGUAGGGAAUGAAUAUCUAAAAUCUUAGGUUUUCUCAGUGUGCUAGUAACAGCCUGUAAGCGAGUAUGCCAUUUCCUAUGCUUUUUGCUGUUAAACAUAAUAAAGAAAAUGACAAAGAGUGUACUUUGUGCAGUAACUUCUUGAUUAAGUUUAAAUACAUUAACUCACUUUAAUAUACUGUUAACAUAAAAUGUGUUCCUUCAGUAUCCUGUCCAGUUUGUGGCACACUAUUGGUUAGAUUGCUUAGAUCAUUUAGGUUUUUUUCUCUUAAGUAUUGAUGUUGUGCAACAUGUUAAAUAAGCAAUCAGCUGAAGUUGUAAUGAGGCUAACACUGAUCAGCAAGCUAGGACAUCUGUUGCAUUUGAGCAAAAUUGUAAGUAGGCAUGGAUCCAAUAAUUAAAAAAUACUGAAGUACCCUGAAUCUUACAAUAGUGAAUAAAUCUUCAGUUAUGUAACUAUAUUGAAUCUUGUUUUAUCAAGUCAAAUAAUAGAAAUGUUCUAAAUUUAAGUCUUGGUUUAUUUAAACUUGAUGCUUUCAUAAUGAAAAAAGUUGUAGAUAAAUAUAAGCAACAAAAUUAAUAUAUUCAGUUUUUACAUGUUUUGGACUGUAAAGAUACUUUGUAAUUUCGGUUAGGGUCAGAAUCUGUUUAAGUUUGUGACCGUGUGAUAUCCGAUAAUCCUGGAUUAUCCCUUUUAAUUUUUACCCUUUUGAUAAUUAACCAUCUGGUAUUCCUGAUCUUGUUUGUACCUGAGGCCUUCCUCUCCGAUUGUACUUCAGUAGCUCCUUGACGAUGUCUGAAUAAAGACGAAAGCGCUUGGAUUCCUGUCUAUCAUUUCCCGUGGUAUUCGCUUAUUGUUAACUAUAUAUAUAGUUAACAAUAAAACUCGACAGAAAGCUUUAGAAAAGUAUAGAAAUUUAUGGGCAUUACUGUUUUCAAUCACAACCCAAUGUAUACAUGUCCAAUUUUGUUGGUGUGGACUAUUGUAUUUUGCUCCAAGAAGAUUCCCCUCAUUCUGCCAGCAUCAUCUGCAGAUUCCUAAAAGUACCCAAUAAAUUUAUUUUCAGAUAUAUUUUUAGUUACAUAACUAUGGAUUUCUUCCCUAAAAUUGGAAAUUUUAUUAUUGGUGUUUUUGGUAAAAGUAUAGCAUACAGGAAAGCCAGUUAAAAAGAAAACAAAAUAACAAUACAGGCAGUCCCAGGUUAUAGGUAGGGGUUCUGUUCCCAGGGGUGUGCCAAUAAGCGAAGACUGCCAUUAACCAGAACUUAGUGAUUUAUGGUGCCAUAAUGGCAUUUAUGGUGCCAAUAACUGGUUAUCAGUGCCAAAGGUGCCUUAUGGCGCUGAUAACCGGAACUUGACCCAUUAUGGCGCCAUAAAUCACUGAUUUUAUGGCUCCAGACAAGCACCAUAAAACCUGAUCGCUGAUAACUGGGGACUGCCUGUAUUCAUGAAAUUACAUUACCAAACAAGCUGACAUUCACCCCCCAACUCAUUCUUAUGGUAAUGACAUCUGCAGUAUAUUUCCUUGUUUACCGAUUUUUAUUAUAAUCUGUGGACUAUAACCGUAUUUUUAUAAUUUUGAUAACUAAUGUAUGAAUUAUGAAUACUUACUAUAUUAUUCAUUAUUUUUUCAUCUUUAAUCUUUAUUGGUAACUAUGUUGAUAUUUGUAUGUAUACUGUAUUAUGCUUUUGUUGUGAAUUUACUUGGUUGUGGAACAGUCAACUCUGUAUUUUUACCCUUUUUGCUGUUUCUUACUAACUGGUAAUUGCAGCUAUUAAUGAAUGAAUGGAGGCAAGCUGUCAUUCAUGUUAUCCCUCUAAUUCUACUUUGGUGCUCAGCAAAUUGCGUUCAGAUGAUCACUUUUGUAACAAUUCCUGCUGCAAUAACUAGUACAAUGUCUGAUCCUACUGCUAUGAUUGAGAUAGCAGAGGAUAGUUCAGUUAAUGGUAAUCGUCCAUUUGGACUGCUUUUGUACCAGUGACUUUUACCUUUUCAGGGGAUGGGUCUACUCCAGUUCCACUUAAGUUCCAUCCUUGGCUCACUUCUUGGUGAAUAUUCCUGCUUUCAUGACACUUGUUCUGGUGUUAGCGCUGACAGUAAUCAGUUCAAGUCCUAGCACCUGUGGUAUUGUGUAAGUCUAUUGAUUUUUUUUUUUUUUUUUUUUUUUUUUUUUUUUUUUUUUUUUUUUUUUUUUUGCUGUGCUGAUACCAAUGACUACUACUGCACCGAUUUUUGUCCUUCCCAUAGUGACCAGUGUUAUCUGUGACAGUACACGAGUCCAUGUUGCUACCAGUGUAGUGCUUGCCCCAGCAAUCAUAUUGGAAGCUUCAGGAAUACUUCUUGGCCAGCUUUGAUAGUUUUCUUGCUUGCUUUGAUGCUGAUUGUGCUAUUGCAUAAGUGAAAGUUCCUGAUAGUCUCCAGUUCUGCUCCAGGGAAAAUCUCCACUUUCUUAUGUUUCUUCAGCAUAUAGUGACUUUCUUAUGUUUCUUCAGUUUCAUUAACUAUUUUUGCUGCUGUUGCAGUGACUGAUCCCAUUCCUGGGGAAGUUCCUACUAUGGUGCCUGUGAUUGUUCUUGCUUUGGUUUCCCAUAUUUAUGAUUGCGUUUCAUUUUCCAGCUAUCUUUUCAGCUGAUGGUAAUAAAUUUUCCAGCAGCUUUGAGUCUGAGAAUUGCUAGUGGUACAUUGACUGCUUUUUAUGUAAAAGCAGCUAAUACAUCUAUAACCUCCCACAAUCCAAGGCUGAAGUAUUCACUACUCCGGGGCCUGUGGUGACUCCAAUUAAUUACAGAGUUCCUGCAUCUGUCAGGUACAGGGUACUCUCCUGAACUCUUGUAGAUCUCCGUUGAGUUUCAGCCUUGGGUUUUAAUUUUUGCUAAAAUUUUGGAUAUUUAGUAACUGGUUCCUGGUUAGGGGUUAGGUGGUUUAGUCAUAUAUAUGGUUAUUGGAAUUUCAAUGAAACAGAGAGUAUUUUGUAACACACCAUAUUUUUUUACAUAUAAACCCAUCAGUCAUGUAAAAACUAAUUCCCUCAUCCCACCAAGGUUGCAGCAUCUUAGCGUAAAUGAAGUAUAAUGAUGACUGGGUGAUAUUUGCUUGAGGGUCCAGAUGGUGCUGACAUUGUAAAGGAGUUUUUAGUUCAUACCAACAAAUGCUAACAAAAUUUUAUAUAUGUAUUUUUCCUGUUGUUUUACACUUUUCCUCUAUUUCUGAAACAGUACAAUAGUUAUUUUAAUGUUACUGUACUGAUACAUGUUAAAAGAAAACCAAUAAAGUGGUACCAAUUGAA